CAAUAGGUGUCUACUCCCCUCAGGCUAGUGACUGUAGGGGACACGAGGAACAUGACCAAAUGGGCGAUCGUCACAGACAUAUUUUAGCCUGUAGGUAAUUGAAUGCAACUGAUAUCGGAAAACGAGCACAAUUUCGUUUGUUUGUUCCUCUAUAAGAAAGCUGUGGGCAUCGGUUAACACGUAGGUUAUAAGAAAACGGUUAGGCCUUACGCGUUGGUGUACACCAGUCAUCGGUGGGUGUGGUAGACUCUUUUUGAGUAAGGUCACCGCCGAUGACUGCACACCUGGUAAGUAGAGACACCGCGACAGUUUACAGGUGAAAUAAUUCGCGUCUGUUCCCGCAGACCGGCGGAAAAUUGGAGCGUUCUUCUGGGAGGAACCCGCGUGAGAUUGUCCUGAUGAGUUGGCUGUGUCUCGUCCCACUGGCUGUGUGCCUGGCAGUGGCGGGUGGAACAGAGUUACCCGACGACCAACUGGCCGCUCCUCGUCUGGUCCUACAGCCCGGCAAGGUCAUCUUCGAUCCCCAACUAGGUUCAGAUACGCUGCAGUUCCAAUGCCAGGCGACAGGGGAUCCGACACCACAGUACAUCUGGCUUAAGGAUGGAGCCCAAAUAGACCAGAAUUCCCGGCAGCCCCCCUACCAGUUCAGCGCAGGCGGCGAUAAUCUGACGAUUCCCCAGCCGAACGCCGACACCGACGGCGGAGUCUACCAGUGCGAGGCUUUCAACGAGUACGGCCGUGUAAGAAGUGUUCGCGGCAGUCUGCAGUUCGCUUUUGCGGACAAGUUUUCGGACGCUGACAGAGCUAGCGUCUCCUCGUCGCAGGGGGACGGGGCCAGACUGGUGUGCGACCCGCCAGACUCGCUCCCAGGACUCGCCUACGAGUGGAUAGAUCACGAAUCGAACGAGUUCAUUCCCGACCCAAACAGUGACGACACCACGAACCUCUUCGAGCGAGCCUACGUGUCCAGGAAAAAGGGCGACCUGUUCUUUUCUAACGUUAUCAGUGACACGGAUACCGGAGGCUACCAGUGUGCGGUGAGACUGAAGACAAGACAGGACGCCGCUUUCAGUCGCGUGAGCGGGUCUACUAGGCUGGACGUAGCGGCAAGAAGUCCUACCCCUCUGAGCUCUCCUCAGAUAGCCCUGAGCGAGAAUGUCAUCUACGCGGAGGAAGGUAGUGACGCCCUGAUAGAGUUCUUCGCCUAUGGGAACCCGACGCCCAAAUACAGUUGGCGUCGGUUAAAAACCCAAGGUGGCACCGAGCUACCCAUACCAGCGAAAGGUGUCAUGGAAAGGUACAAGAGGAGCCUCGCCAUCGGUGAUGCGGCCAUAGCAGACGAGGGAUUCUACGAGGUGACAGCCACCAACUCGCAAGGCUCAGACACCGCUGUUACUCAGCUCGAGGUGGAAAAUAGACCAAAACUGACGCAAAGCCUUGCCGGCCAAAACCACGACGACGGGGUGGGAGAAGCUGUGGACCUGAGUAUGGGAUGGGAGGCUAGCAGGACGCCUGUGACUCCACAGUGGUAUCACAAUGGACAGCCAGUACAGCACGGAGGGAGGUACUCCAUCAACAAUACGCCCACAGGAACGACACUCAGGAUUGCGGACGCGCAGCCACAGGACAGCGGUUCGUUCCAGUGCAUCGCGACCAACAUGUACGGAGACACAACGAGCUUUGCAGAAGCAAGAAUCGGAGCACCAAAGAAGAUGACCGACGCCAGGGUGAUCAACAAAGGAGCCGACUGGGUGACGAUAGAUGGAUCGAAGCCGGACAGUUUCGGCACAGUGAACGGGUACCAGGUCGCGUACUUUCCCACAGCCGAGGGACCCAACGGGCCGAACAAGCAGUUGGUCAACGUGCCGGGCCCAGACGGUUUGCCCACGACUAUCUCGAAUCUGGGAAAUGUAGAGGACUACACGUAUCAGGUGCGAGCCACAACAGACGAGGGCGUGUACGGCCCUUACAGCGCGCCUAUCGUAGGUGGUGUGAACCCCCCGGUAGUACCCGGAGGCGGCGGCGGUGCUGGAGGCGGCGGCGUUGUUCGAACAGGCGGCAGCGGCGUACCCUUGCUCGCCUGGCUGCUGCCUUUGCUACUGAUACCUUUGCUUUUCAUGCUGUGCUGCUGUUGUUGCUGUUGUUGCUGCCAAGCCGGGCUCUGUGGGACGUACUGCGGAGCGUGUGGAGCCCGCUGUGAAAGCAUGUGCGCCCCUUGCUGUGGCGGUGGCGUCGGCGGAGGUGACAUCGAGAAGAAGUGGCCAAGCAAGGAGAUCGUCGCCCCAGACCUGGAUAUAAACAGUGGAGCCCCUGGGAUAAAGGGUGGAUCCAUGGGGUUCAUGAAUCAGGGCUUGGCGGGUGGACUACCGUCUGGAUCCAUGGGGAUGAAGGGCGGUGCUCUGGCGGCGGGUGGGGCCGCCCUGGCCGGUGGAGCGGCCUUGGGCGGAGCGGCCCUGGGCGGAGCCGCCUUGAAGAAGACUGGAGCCGCGGCAAUGAACGCUGGGAUGUCCGCAAGAAAGGCGGGAAUGUCGUUGGUGAAACUUCAGCGUCUGCGCCAACACAGUUCGCUCCUGGUGCAGAAGAUGAACUCCCAGACAACUCUUGAACACCUGGUGCAGAAUAAGGUGUUCACUAACGACAUGGCGCAGUACUGCAUGAGUGGGAGCUCACACGAGGAGAGGAACAGGCGGAUCCUGGAGCUGAUGCAGGCCCGCGAUCGCAGCGACGCCGACUUCGACGUCUUCUGCAACGGGCUGAGGGCUGACGGACGGACGGCGUAUCUCGGUGACCUCCUUCAGGGUGAGGGUACCAAAAGAGAAGGAGUGGACCUGAACCAGCAGGUGCUGCGUGAGGAGGAGAGGAUGGUACAGGGUCAGAACAGAGGGGGAGCAGGACUCGGCGUGGCCGGGGCAGGACUCGGCGUGGCCGGGGCAGGCCUGGGAAUGGCGGGAGCUCAGAGCCUACAGAGAUCCGGUAACCCCCAGUGGCAGCAGAUGAGUCUUUCAGUUCCCAGUGUGCACAUGGACGAGGUGAAGGUGGUGGGUAAUGUGGGCCAGCAGGGGGCGCUGAUGUCCGCGUCCUCCGCCACGGUGCCAAACAACCACCCAGUCAUCCUGGAGGUACGGGGAGAAGUUGACAACGUUGAGUGGUUGUACAAUAACAAAAACAUCCGGCAGUCCUCCAGCGUCCGUGCUACAUCAGACGGGUUCACCCACGAGCUUUUCAUCGACAGGAUGACCCCUGACCGGGACGGGACCUACACCUGUAAGGGCAACACGCCUGACGGAGGCACGGUGUCGUGCGAUAUCAAAGUCAACACAUUGAUGGAAUAGGCUAUCUAUUGACACGGCUCAUUCCAACAGUAUGUUGCAUAGAAGUCAUUUGAUGACCAUCGAAUAUUAUAUAGAAGAGCGCAGUUCUAUUAGACGUUCGCCCUUUCUGGGUGCCGCAAAGAUCUAGUGUCCACAUUUCAAUGGGUCAAUAGAAUGUAAGAGCAGAUCUAGAUUGCAUCACUACCAACGAAGUUGGUCUUACAUAGACCAGACUGUCACUGUAAAUACCAGCAUUUAGAUGCCAGACAUAAUUUUCUUGCCUUCAAACAAAGCAGCUAAUUUUUACGUUAAUUCUUAUGUUUGUUACCCUAUUUGUAGAGCAAAAUGAUGCUCGGUAUGUCGUGAUAAACUUAGAAGACUUUAUUUUGCAUAUUGCAAUUGUUUACAAAGGUUUGAAUUUCAUACUGCCUGCAGUUUAGAGAAUUUCGUUUGUUCGUUUUCAAUCUUAUCGUUUGACAUAGCAUGAUUAAUGUUUAGUACAGCUAGCAUGUAUGUUAUGUACUCUCGCCGUGUUUUGACAAUAGACCUACGCGGAACAGUAGAUGACCAAGCACACAGGCACAGGCAAUUGUUUUAGAUAUGGUUUGUAUUACUUCUCGGAUGCUACAAAAGCACUCCGGCCACAACUUGAUACAGUAGGAUGACUAAACAGCUGGAUAGUGUUCAGAUUCAGAUUGCCUAGGUGGGGCAUUACGCCUUUCUUGUUAGGGACUAGAUCUGUCUAAAGUGUACUGGCAAAGUGCUGCUUAAGAUUGUUGCAAGUUUGAGAAUAAACUUUUUAUACGAAGA